AUGCCUAAAUCAAAGGAACUUGUAUCUUCAAGCUCAUCUGGCAGUGAUUCUGAUAGUGAAGUCGACAAAAAGUUGAAGAGGAAAAAGCAAGUUGCUCCAGAAAAACCUGUGAAGAAGCAAAAAACUGGUGAAACUUCAAGAUCCUUCUCAUCCUCUAAGCAGAGCAGCAGCAGCCGAGAUGAUAACAUGUUUCAGAUUGGGAAAAUGAGGUAUGUCAGUGUUCGGGACUUUAAAGGGAAAGUCCUAAUUAAUAUUAGAGAAUAUUGGAUGGAUCAGGAAGGUGAAAUGAAACCAGGAAGAAAAGGUAUUUCUCUAAAUCCCGAGCAGUGGAGUCAGCUGAAGGAACAGAUUUCGGACAUUGAUGACUCAGUAAGGAAACUGUAA